UGAAAUGUGUUAAACCUGUCUUAUAUUUUAUAUAUUUAAACAUUUAUUAGUUUGUACGGAUUGUCAAACGAUACAUUUUGCAGUCAUUUGGCUUUGUCAGUGUUGCAUGUGCUACUUGAUGUUGGUUAGCAGCCCAGUGAUCCAGCGUACAGUACAGAUGUGUACAGUACACAUCUAAUAUUCAUAUGUAUCUUAACUCAAUAGUAAAACAGUUUCUAUAAUGUGGGUUUAGUUGUUUUAAUGUAAGAAUGUGGUUAGAUGUCAUACAUACAGAUGAUACUGCUGCUCAAUUCAAAAGGGAUUUGUUUCAUGUGAUGAUGAGCGGUUCACAGGAGGGUUGCCAGGUCUGCCUAACAAAACCAGCCUAUGGCUAAUCAAAAAUAGCCCCAAAACCUUAGGUCAAACACCAAGACUCAAAUUCUGCCUCUCAAAAAUACACUAAAAUAUAUUCAAUACCUAAAAUACGUUCACUUUGAUGCAUUACACACAAUUCUUUCUUUAAAAGAACUGUAUUUAAAUGGUAAGUUCACUCAAAAAUGAAAUCUCGGUUAACAAACUGAUUUAAUUUUAAUAUGGCAGAAAAAUAAAUUGUAUUAAAUGAAUUACUAUCAUAUUUCUUUGGAGUCAAAAAUAAGAAAACUAUUCUUCCUAAGGUGGCAAAGUGCUAGGAUACUAUUUCCUCAUUUGAUAGAGACAAUGAGAAGAAAUAGAAGAGUCAGGUGUGUUUUCAUUAUGAUCCCAAUAUAUUACUUGAAUUUGUCAGCUGAACACAACUGGAGAUAUAUAUUAAUUAAUAUGCAGACUUUAGCCAUGUAGUGCAAUUAAAUAGUACCCGUGAUUGUAAUGAUUUGUAUGAAGUUUGUAUAACUGUACACUGCAAAAAUUGCUGUAAUUAAGUAGCUGGUUGCCAGUAACUUACUAUAGAAGAUAAAGACUGAAAAUGUCUCAUGUUCAUUUAACUUUAAACAAACUGUUGCCAGUAAAAAACAUAAAUGUAAAAUCUAAAGUAAGUUACUGGCAGCUAUAGCAUCUAGAGUAGAGUCACUCAAAACAAAAGUUAUUAUUAGCUUUUGGAUAGACCAAACCGUUCUCACUUCUCAUAUUAUGUAUGCAUCAUCAAAUCUUAUCUUUAUAUUACCACAAAAUGUUCUUUAUGUGGGAUAAUCUUAGGUAGAAAACAGUAAAUCUAACAAAAAUAACUUCAGCUAGGUUUUUACAGGCAGGGUCACAUAUUUUUUCGAACUCCUCCACGGCCAUUUGUCUGAUUUUCCUAAUAAUAAAAAUAAUAAUAAUAAUAGUGAUAAUAAUAAUCUAUCUUUCCUCUACAGAUGUGAGUAGUGUCAUGGAAUAUAAUGAGAGACUUGCCCGCUUCCGUCAGGGCCAUGUCAACCCUUUUGACAGGACAGAGAUUGACAGCUGCUCAGAAGAGAAAGAUUCCCCAAAACGCGAGGUGAAGCGGUCAGAGAUCUUCAUCUCUGAAUCUAAAGCUCAGAGUUCAGAUCGUGCCAUGGACCUCGGCCUGGCUGAAGAUCACUUCUCUCGGCCUGUGGGUUCCUUUGUGGCAUCUGAUGUAGAGCAGCUGAAACAGGCUAUUGAGGAGUGCAAGAGACUGAUCCUGGAACUGCCAGAACAUUCAGAGAAACAAAAGGACACGGUGGUCAAACUAAUCCACCUCCGGCUCAAAUUACAAGAGCUAAAGGACCCAGAGGAAGAUGAACCCAACUCUCAGGUUGUGUUAGAGCAUCGCUUCUCAAAGGAGAAGAGCAAGAGUGUCAAACAGAUGUGUGACAAGUGCAGCACCAUCAUAUGGGGCCUCAUUCAGACCUGGUACACCUGCACAGGUUGUUAUUACCGUUGCCAUAGCAAGUGUAUGAAUCUCAUCACUAAACCAUGUGUGAGGUCAAAGGUCAGCCACCAGUCUGAAUAUGAACUCAGCAUCUGUCCUGAGGUUGGUCUGGACAAACAAGACUAUAGGUGUGCAGAGUGCCGAACGCCUAUUUCUCUAAGAGGUGUUCCCAGUGAGGCGAGGCAGUGUGAUUAUACAGGUCAGUAUUAUUGCACCAGCUGUCACUGGAAUGACACAGCCAUUAUUCCAGCCCGAGUUAUACACAACUGGGAGUUUGAGCCCCGCAAGGUCUGUCGUUCAUCCAUGCGUUAUUUGGCUCUGAUGAUCUCCAGACCUGUGCUCAGACUAAGAGAGAUUAACCCUCUGCUCUUUAACUUUGUAGAAGAACUGGUGGAGAUCAGAAAGUUACGUCAGGACAUCUUAUUAAUGAAGCCAUAUUUCAUCACAUGUAAGGAGGCCAUGGAAGCUCGACUGCUGCUGCAUCUUCAAGAUCGCCAGCACUUUGUGGAGAAUGAUGACAUGUACAGCUUACAGGACCUGAUUGACACCUCCAUUGGGCGUCUCAGCUGCUCCCUUACUGAGAUUCAUACUACCUUUGCCAAACAUAUUAAACUGGACUGUGAGAAAUGCCAGGCCAAAGGCUACAUGUGUGAACUAUGUAAAGAGGGUGAUAUUCUCUUCCCAUUCGACAGCCAUACAUCUGUCUGUUCUGACUGCUCUUCUGUUUUCCACAGGGAUUGUUACUAUGAUAACUCUACUAAAUGUCCACGCUGUGUGAGAAUCCUAGAACGCAAACACGAGGAGUCUCUGAACCCAUAGAUCAGACUGCUGAAUGGACAGGACAAAAAAAACCACAUCCAGACACACAGCCUCAUCUACUGUUUAUUUGUUCUUCACCUUUGAAUCAUUGGGUCAAGAUAUUACAGUAUAAAAAUACUGCAAAUAAACACUAAGCUUUUUAUUUAUUUUCUUAUUACUUCAUAUUUUGGGAAAUUGAUUCAAAUUUCCCUAUAAAGCACUGUGGUAGACUGUAUAACAUAAUGUGCUCUUAUUUUAUAAAAUUAACUUUUAACCGUCUUAUGUAUUUGUGUAGAUUAGGACAACGGCCGCAGUUAUGAUUGUAUGUCCAAAGUUUCAGUAUCCUUCUCUGUAAUCGGCAAAUGUCACGAAACUAAUUAUCUGUUGUAAAAUAACAUGUGCUACUAAAUGCCAGUUUAUUGUAUUUGUAACUGUUAAACACACUUAUUGACUGAAAUACAAAAGCCAUUACAUAAAGCAUGAAAAAAAAUAUCACCACAA